CGACGACAUUCUCCUCUCAUCCAUGACGUCCUUCGAGAUCCACGCCAUCACGCUCACCAAUGUACCGGCAGCAGGCACUGAUAUUUUUCCACUACUUCACCCCUACCCAAGCACCUGCAGCUAGGCAUGAUAGACGACGAGGCCACGCUCCGCACGUUAUUCUCAUGAUCCCGAUAGCGCUCUCAGCGCUCGUAUGGCUCGAUCUCGACGGCUUUACGUGGAAUAAACGCGACACUGAACAUUAGAAGCGGCGUGUGCGCCUCCACCCCUUAUGCCGUCGCUCAUCGAGGUCCCAAACUCCGGAAACAGCACGUCAAGGACUCGGACGUCAAGAUGCUCUGCCUUUCAGGUGCAAACAACGUGUUCAAGAGGAAUGGGAUCGAGCGCGACCUGCCACGCCUCAUGGCGCCUAUGCAAGAGUUUUCAUACGACGGAGACGAGGAUCUCGAGUAUAAGCCUCGUGCAAAGGAUAGAGAGGAGGAUUCUGAGGGUGCGGCUGCUGAUGCUGACGAAAAUGGAUCAGCGGAGGAAGAGAACCAGGACUAGGACUUGGGUGGAGAGGAAGAGAUGGCGAUGAACAAGAUGGAGAUGGAGACGACCCAGGCUUGCGGCUGUCUGAGGGCAAAAAGUAACUGGAUAAAGUGGAGUAGGCAUAUCCUAGCGCAGCGAAUCUCUUGGAUAUCCGCUCGUGCAGGUGUAUUGGUGUGUGACAAAAUUCAGUUGAGAGCAAAGACACCCCUCCAAGGCUUCUAUUUGCUAUGUCGAAUGAAUUAUGGUCGUAAAAUCAUCCACAUGGCAUUUCCUACUUGUUACUCUACUUGUUC